CGGGCACGGCGAGGUGUCCUGGGCUGCCUCGGGGUUGGGCGGCGGCACGGUUGCUUGUGCCCUGCCCUGGCGCUGCUGUUCCGCUUCCCGCAGCCCAGGCGCAGGGCACCGCCCUGCUGGCGAUCAUGCUGCCCUCGGUCGUGAGCAUGACGACGCACUGGGGCAAGGGCAACGUCGACCGGUCCAUCGCCCCUUUCGCCGUCGCGGGGGCCCUCGCGGGCGGCCUCGCGGGCAGCUGCGUCGCGGCGGUGGCGCCCGAGCGCACUCUGAGGAUCGUCUUCUCCGUGGUGCUGGCCCUGGUCGGAGCCAGGUACGCGUCCUCCUGAAUGCGGGCGAGCGCACGAGGACGCGCGAAGCUGUGGCGCCCGGGCGCAGGCGCAAAGGACCAGGUCGGCCUUGGCCGCCCAGGCGGGCCCGCCCAGGGAAACUUGGGGGCGGCAGAAUCGAGGAAGAGAAACGCCAUGAACAUAAGCUUUUGGCGCUCCGCGCGGGCUUCUUGGAUCUGCGCUGGUCCUCCCUCCCUGGCGCGCGGAGCGCGCCAGGGCCGCGCUGGGCGAGCAGAUGUGAAUCACCC